GUUUGAUAAUCCAAAGUGUCCCUCCUCUACUUUUUGUCUAGGCUGCCCUCUCAAGGCUGAUUACUUUGAAAAAGUUUAAGCUGCAACAUUUCAAAUCCACAGUAUAAAAACACCAACAGACGCAGGCCUAGUUUGCUCGGCAUGGGAAGCAAAUCUGCAGCUGACCAAGACUGUGCAAAUGUUUGGGCUCCCAGAGAGGAGCUCACAGCUGCUUUGCUCCUCCCAGGUCCCUUUUACUGCGACAUCGUGCCAAGGUUUGGCUUAGCAUGUUAUCCAAACGGAGACUCUUGGUUAAGCUGUCUUUUCCUCACUAACCACGAGCUGUAGUCUGAGUUUGUUCCAAGGUUGUUCAAGGCAUGGGGAUCCAUGCCAAUGGGGAUCAAAGGACAGGAGGGGGAAGAGUUGACAAUCGUAAUUCAAACCCUAACCGUAGCUUUCCGGCAGCCACUAAGUCUGUCAGGCUUUUCUUUCACCUCCAAGGGCUCAGCUGUGUAUUGUGCUAUCCCGUCCCCCCACCCUUUAAGGCAAAAAGCGCCCAGUGCAAGGACGGAGAAGCUGUGGCUCUCCAGAUGUAGCUGCAUCCCGACUCCCAUCGGCCCUGGCCAGCAUGGCUCUCUGGGUAGUCCAGCAAUAGGUGGAAGGCCACAAGGUCUCUCCCCCUCCCCACUGCACUAAUAGCUUAUAGUGAGUAUCAAUAGAAACUGGUGGCUCUGAAGUCAGUGCGGCAGGCAAUCCACUCCGGGUAUUUGUCCAAACUUUCAACCUUGGAAGUUUGGACUAAAACCUGGAGCGGAUUCACUGCCCCACCGAUGUUGGAUGCUCACCAACAUGCUGAGCAUGCUGGAGCAGGAAUUAGAGUUGGGCGGUUGAGUGCCUUGAGAUUAAAAAAAAGAUUAUCUUCUUGUACUAUAUGUGGGUGUUUCAGGAGGAAGGACAAUGGUGAUUGCAGGAAGGGCACAUAUCCUCUUUCCUACUCUAUAGAACCUUGCCACCACAGAGCAAUAAAUGCUCAGGCUUUGUGGGAGAGGGAGGGAGAAGAAAAGUGUAUUUUUCCUUUCCAUCCCCCUGAAACUCCCCCGCUUAUGUGAGCAAGGCUUCUCUUACAGGCUGACUGGAGCUAUAAACGGGAGCACUCCUCUCAGGGAGUGGAUACAUGCCGCAACAUUUUACUGCAGCAGGUCCAAUUUGCAGCACUAUGUCAAGUGCUGUGUGGAACCCCAAUUCCAGAUCCUUUUUAAGCAAUGAUUUCAGAGUUUAUACAUAUACCCAUGGAGGAUCAGUGGUGUCCUUUGUCCCCUCCAUUCAGCGUGAUUGCUACUAUCAAGGCUACGUUGAAGGCUACACUGAUUCAGUUGUGAUGCUCAGCACCUGUGCUGGACUCAAUGGGUUGUUGCAGUUUGAGAACGCCAGCUAUGGGAUCGAGCCAGUGGAAUCUGCUUCUGGAUUUCAGCACCUCAUUUAUCAGACGGAAUACAAGGAUGCAGAGUGGCCACUUUCUCAAGAGAACUAUUCCAUUAGAUGGACACCAGGAAUAGCACCGAGGAUAGACUCAGGGUUACCAGUUAACUUCAGCACCGUGAGAUAUGUGGAAAUGCACACAGUCGUGGCCAAAGCCCUGUAUGAUUAUAUGGGUUCAGAUGAAGAUACUGUGAUGAGGAAAAUCACCCAGCUUGUUAGCUUUAUAAACACAAUGUUUUACAAACUCAACAUGAGGAUUCUGCUGUCCUCUAUGGAGUUUUGGAAAGACAAGGAUAAAAUCUCCACCGCGGGAACAGCCAAAGAGUUGCUGGAAAGGUUUGUGGACUGGAAACAGGUCCACCUCACCUUACGACCCCACGACGUGGCAUUCUUGUUUGUCUUCAGGAACAAGGGUGAUUCUGUGGGCUCGACGUUUGCAAGAAAGAUGUGCUCCAGACCUUCUUCUGCAGGGAUUGCCGUGUAUGAAAAGGGGAUCACAUUGGAGGCCUUUUCUGUGAUCGUCGCACAGCUGCUGGGAUUCAGCCUGGGCCUGUACUUCGACAACUCACGGCAAUGCCACUGCCCAGGAACCACUUGCUUGAUGAAUACCAAUGCAGUGCAGGCCAGCGGCAUCAAGUCGUUCAGCAGCUGCAGUAUCAAAGACUUCCAGAAUUUUCUGGGAUCUGGAGUGUCACAGUGCCUCCUGAACAAGCCACGGAUGGAUAUCACGUACCGCGCCCCCUUCUGCGGCAACAGAGAAGUAGAAGACGGGGAACAAUGUGACUGUGGCACAGCAAGGGAAUGUGAAAGCAAUCCUUGCUGUGCGUCAGAUUGUACGUUGAAAAGAGGGAAAGCAUGUGCCCACGGUUCGUGUUGCUGGCAUAGGUAUUGCACGUUGAAAGCAAAAGGCACCUUAUGCAGAUCCACUUCGGACGAUGACUGUGAUCUGAAGGAGUACUGUAAUGGCACGUCCACCGAGUGCACAGAGGAUUUCCAUGUCCAGGACGGGCAGCUGUGCGAGGGGGAUACUGGGGUGUGCAUGAAAGGCAUAUGCCAAAGUCCAGAUCGGUGGUGCCGAAAAAUGUUUGGAAAAGAUUCAAAAAGCGGAUCUUCGCAGUGCUAUGAGGAAAUUAACAGUCAAAGGGACAGGAUGGGACAUUGCGGCUCCAGCACCCGAGGAUAUGACAACUGUCAGUGGCAGGACCUCAAGUGUGGCAAGUUGGUGUGUGAAUAUCCAAGUAAAAAGCCUUUUAUUAUAGAAAACGCAGCAAUAAUUUACGCAAGGGUGCAGAAUCGCUUGUGUGUCACUUUGGACUACAUGAAGGGGCCAGGAGUGAAGGACCCAUUCUUGGUUCGCGAUGGUACUGGUUGCGGGGAAAACAAGAUUUGCUUGAACCAGAAGUGCGUGGAUAGGGCUGUGAUAAGAACAACUUGCGAUCCAGAAAGAAACUGCCACAAUAAAGGAGUGUGCAACAAUAAAGGAAAUUGCCACUGCAAUGAGGGCUGGGCCCCCCCUGACUGCACAACAGAAGAGAAAGGAGGGUUGGGAGGAAGCAUCGACAGCACAUUCCGAAGCGCUUCAGUCGUGGGUGAAAGUCGCAGUGUUCCUAUCACAACAAGGAACUGGCUCCUGAUUAGCUUCUUCCUUUUCCUGCCUGUCCUGAUUGGCUCCAUCAUCUUGAUCAUCAAAUUGAGGGACUUUUUCUCACAUGCGAAAAGAGUGGAGGAGGAGGAGGAGGAAGGAGAAGGAGGAGAUUAUGAUACAGAAAGAUCUCAAGAAGCACAUCAGCCGGAGACUGCAAGAACUGUAUGCACAGUGGAUCACAACGCAAGAACAGCAGCACAACAACCAAUAUACAUAUUGACACAUCAUUACAACAAGCCGUAUAACAGUCAUUCAUUUCAAAACACAAAAUGGAAAUGGACUGCCUUCAAGUUGAUCCACAACCAUUUAGAUAAUUCAUUUCAAUAAUACUAAUAUUUUAAAUUUAUUGCAAAAUAGGCCAGACAAAUAACUAAUAUUGAUGGUUAUUGGGUUUUAAUUACCAGUUGUUGGCCAGCAUCAGACACCAUAAAACAGUGCAGUACAGUCAGGUAUUAAUAAAUAAUCCAUAAGAAGAAAGUAUAACCUUGUCAUGAAUGGAGAAAGUAAAAACAAAGAUUCAAAUAUAAAAAAUAGAGUGCACAUUUUAAACAAAACCUGUUUAAUACAGAAACUUGAGAUGCUAAAUGAGCUGCAAAAAUAUAAUAAUGAUGUAUCCAUAGCAUGCCGAGGGGGGGGGGUAAUGCAA